AUGUCACAAGCAAAUGUGGACUUUCAGGGUCUAUCCAUUAUCUCCUGUAAAACAUGCCGACAAAGAAAAAUCAAGUGUGGAAGACAGUUUCCAAAGUGUCAAAACUGCAUAAAGAGAAGCUGCGAGUGCACGUAUCCUCGAACCUUUCGAAAAACCAGUACGAAACUAACGAGGAAGCGCAGGGAUGUCAACGCAAGAUUCUAUGGCUUCAGCUCCGUUAACAGAUCACUUUUUGAGGUCGGUAUGCCCUUCAGCAAUGUUGAUUUUGAACUUGAGGGUGAGAACGCAGCAAACCAAGUGAAACGAUUCAGCUCUUCUCCUGUGUUCAAAAAAUACAUUGGAAACCCGGAGUUGAUACUCGCUGCAAUUCAAUCAGUACGCAGCAGUAUUUCAUGCUCUUUCUUCGAUGAAACUGUAGACUUGAAUUCGUUGGAGCAAAAGAUACUCUCCAAACAUGGUGCCGACUACCAAACAUUAUUGCUGUCAUACGCCGUGAUUAUUGUCUCGGAGCGAUUUUAUGAUAUCCCGCCUGAUGUGCGGGAGGUUGUAACUGAAUUAGAUGUUCUUCUCAACGAUUGCUCUGACUGUUCGGAAAAAGUCUCGUCACUAAUCCUACUUUCUGAAUACUAUCACUACAACUUCAAGAUAGAAACUGCUUGGAAAUGCAUCUUUCUAGCUGCAUCAAUUGGUUAUGCACUUGGAUUACAUACUAUUUCAUCGAAGGUAUGGUCAAUGUUAGUGCUACAAGAUUCACUUUUAUGCUCUGUAUUGGGUCGUCCUACUUCAAUAAGCUGUGUGAAUUCGAAGUUGGUUAGCCACCAAUGCGACGGAUGGGGUGAAAUUGCAAUCUUAUUAAGAGAGGGCAAUGACAUGCUGCUCAACUUAAAGUCGGAGACUUGCGUUGAAAAAGCAAUAUCGUUAGAUUUGAAAAUUGAUGACGUUAUAGAAAGAACGAAGAAAAACAUGUGUUCUAGCGAAAGAAGUGAUAAUUCAGUCAUUCUGUUAGUCGGAUAUUUGAAAAUUUGUAUUUUGGCUGCGAGCCGGAUAAAACUCCUCUUUCCUUUUUUUACGAAACAUAGGUCAAUAAAAGCACAACUGGAUGAAAAUUGUAGUUCAUUGGCUGGUUGUCUUUGUGGACUUUUCGAACUGUUGAACGCAAGCAAUCUAACUAGUGAAAAUAGAAAGUUUCCGUUACGACCUCAUUUCUUCCCCGCAUAUUGUAGCGUUUUCCAAGGAUUUCUCUUGCAGUUCCUCUACACUUCCAAUGAGCUAUUUAAAAACUUCGACGAAGCUACAGAUGGUGCUAAUUCCACUUUUCUUCCCAAAGAUCUGGGACGAGCUGCCUUGUUUUUGCCUUCAUUAGACGUUACUUCUAUUUUAAUGGACGAUUACGAUCUGAUAACAGGAAAGGUAAAAUUUUGUAGCUUUAUGACGGACUUGUUUGCCUCUUUUCGAUCUUUACUGAAUCAAAGAAAAUCUGCAGCUAAGAAGCGAAUGCCAACCGAAACAUCAGCGGAGGACCAGCUUUCAACACCUGCUGUAUGCAGUGGCAUACCAAGUGAGAAAAGUGACAAUUCAUCUCCGAUAAUAAUGGGGGAUAUAGCAGACUGGAUUACUUCUUGCUUUUCUGAUGGUAUUACUCAUUUUUAUCCCUCAGAACCGCCGCUUUAA